GGAACUCCUCGGCAGCAGCAGUUGUCUGUGGAGAUGGAAAUAUUGCUUCGACUGAGAACUUCAAUGGUGAUUUUCCGAUGGGAUGGAUCGGACUAGAGCGAUUCGACAUGCUUAACGCACAUUGCAGCUGGCGGCUUCGAACUCCCCAACCCAAAUAUGUACUUUGGGCUCGACAUGAUUCUCCAGCAGCACCCGAACUCGAACUCCAUGAACUUGCACGAGACAGGUUAGCUCGGGGAUGGCCCCCAUCCACCUGUCGAACGAGCAGAGCGAGUAGUUCCUCUGAUAGCAUACUCUGCAUCGUCCCUCCCUCCCCUCUCCCCCCAUCUCCUCUGCUCAAAAGGAAGGAAGCCUCGUCCGCUUCGAUCCAUUUCCUCUCUCUCUCUCUCUCUCUCUCUCUACAGAACCAAAGCGAACUAUCGAAAAGCGCAAAUACCAAAAAACAAAAAACCUCGAUUGGGAAAAAAAAAACGCACAGUCCCUCUCCCUCUCUCAGGCAAUGUUAAUGCUCCCGCUGCAGCUGAGCCAACACCGCCGCGGUUUCAGUCUCGGCUGAGCAGCGGUAGCAGCGGACGGAGAUAAAAAGGAUGGAGCUUGGUGGUGAUUCCGACCGACCCAGAGAUCCAAAUCGCUCCCCCCCCCUCGGGAUCGACCUCAACGAGAUCCCCUCCUCCUCCGACUCAUUCGACGUCGUCCGGACCUACCAGGACGUCCCCGACCUCCCGCAGGAACCCCCUGAAGCCCCAGUGCCGGCCCGUGGGCCCAUCACUUGCGGCGCGUGCGGCCGGAGGGAGGACGACGGCGGGCGCGUGGUGGUCUGCGACGGCUGCGACCUUGUGUUCCACAUGGGAUGCGCUGGGUUACGCGGGGUUGGUGAUAUAGACGGAGACGAAUGGGUGUGCGGGAAAUGUGCGAAGGACGGAGUGAAGAGCCAGGGCUGGCCCCUAGGGUUUAAGUCCAAGAGGAAGCGGGUCUUUGACAUGAACGCUUCGCCUCCCAGUGACGGUGAUGGGGCCGGCGAGGGCUCGACAGCUUCGAGAAAGCGCACUUUGGGUGAUAUUCCUUUUGGUGGCCACCAGUUGGGUUCUUCAGUGAGACAUCCUAACUUGUAUGCAAAAAGGGGUCUUGGCUUUGAAAAUGCUCCUGGGAUUCUGAGUUACAACUUGGAAGCUGGUUUUGGAGAUACCCGGCAUCACGCCCUAAUGAAGUGCAAAGGAUUUGAAGUUGGCUUUGGGUGUCCAGUGGAAAGUAUGAAGAGCCAUGAUAGUUCAGUGCUUAGAUUUCCCCAUCACAAUCCCAGUGAGACCUUCUUGCUUGAUCUCAGGGAACAUAUUUCUCAAAGGCAUGGUAUACUUGAGGAAGGCUGGCAGGUGGAUUUGAAACAGUUGAAUGGUGGAAUACAUGCAACUUAUUGUGCACCUGGCGGAGAGAAAUUCGACUCUAUGUCUGAAGUUGCUUCUCAUCUUGGGUUGGCACCGGACUAUAAGGUGAGUGAACCGAAAGCCGGUAGUCAGGGGUCUUCCUUACUGGAAAAGUUUCAUAUGCCUGGGAAAAGGAAGCCAGCUAGAUCUACAGUGACCAAUGGAUUCAAUGAAACUAAGGAAUUUCUCUUGCAAGCUUACUAUAAGGAGUUUCUGUCCAAUUCUCAAAGGAUAGAAGCUAAUGCUGGUAACAAUGCAAAUGCGAUAAAACCGUCAGAAGCUGGAGCUGAGGACAGUACUGAUUUCGGCUCUCAGCAAUCUAUUGAUGGGCUACCUGUGCAGUUUGAAGAUUUCUUCCUUCUCUCUUUAGGAGCAAUUGAUUCGAGGCCUUCCUAUCAUGAACUGGAUCAAAUUUGGCCAGUUGGAUACAGAUCCUGUUGGCAUGAUAAGAUCACUGGGUCACUUUUCUUUUGUGACGUAUCAGAUGGCGGUGAGUCUGGACCUGUUUUCAAGAUCCGAAGGUGCUCAUGCUCCGCAGAAUCCGUGCCAAACGGAUCUGUCAUCUCCAUCCAGCCGGCCCUACGACAAUCUGCUUAUCAAGAAGGUGAAGGGAGUGGCUCUUGUAAUUCUAUUUCGGAGUUGGAUGGUGAUGAUAAUAUUCAGAGUAUUCUUUCCGAUCCUCUUCCACCGACAACAAAUGAGAUAUCAACUUUCUUUGAUAAAAUUCCAACCAAAGCUUGUGGAGUCCCAGGUUAUGCCAUGCAAGUUGAAGCUAGUUCUGGUUUAGAGAGAUCAGGAGCCUUUUCAUGUGAUCAAUUAGAGUUCAAAGAUGCAAUUGGUGAGAUUGUUGUGGAAGAACGUUCCUCAUUAUUAGCUUGGAAAAAAAUGUCUGAAAAACUUGCUGAUGCCUUUUCUGAUCUACGGGGUAGUAAGUGCUCUGUUCAGUUGUUUUGCAAGCAUGUUGGACAUGAAACAUUCUCACUCAACCUGGAUAUGAUGGAUAAAAAAUGUGAGCAGAGUUUUGGUACUUUGAAGAAAUUCCAGAGUUUGCUAAUUUCAGGACAGAGUGUGUUCAGUGAAAAUGGCCACGACAUUUCCUCUGAAGUCAUGGCAAAGUGGUGGGGCCAGGAUAGGUUUGGACUAGAUGUGGAGUUUAUUCAAGAAAUGAUUGAACAGCUUCCUGAUUUAGAAGUUUGUUCUCAGUAUGAACCUCUGAAUAAGAGGAAUAAUUUUUUGAAGAUGUUGACAUUCAGCAAUGGGAGUUUAGUUGUGAGAAGAAAAGAUGGAGUAGUAGUCAAGGAAGAAGCAGCUCUAGAUAGCUUAUUUAGAAGAUUAAAAAGAGCCAAAAUUUCAGGUCGUCAGCGUUACCCUCCUGCUGGGACGUUGUUGUGCCAGCGGCUUUUACCGGAACUUGUUGGAGAUUGUUAUCAGAUAUGGGAAAUACUGUGGCGAUUCCAUGAAAUUUUGGGUCUGAAAGAGACAUUUGCAUUGGAGGAAUUGGAGGAAGAACUUGCCAUCCCUCUAUCAGGUGCUGCCAGUCUUGCGCAGAACUGGGAACAUAACCAAUUGUCGAAUGUGCAUCGAACUGAUAAAUUGGGUGGACGAAAUCCAUCCUUAAGUGGGGCAUCUGUUCUGACACCUCCUGGGGAAAAUCAAUGGGCACCUGUACCAAUGGAAGUUGCAAACCAAAAGGAAUUGGCUGAAGCCAAAAGCACAUCCGUCAGGAGAGGCACAUGUUUCGGAGUAGCUCUGACAAAGGUGCACAGCUCGCUGCUUACUUUGUUAAUAGGGGAGCUUCAAUCAAAGGUUGCACCACUCGUGGAUCCAAGUUUUGAUGGUGGUGAGUUGAAACCAAAACGGGGAAAAAAGAGAGAUAUCGAUAGCUAUGUUCCAGUAAAAAGAAGUAAGCUCAAUAUGCUGCCUGUAAAUGAACUGAGUUGGCCGGAGUUAGCUCGAAGAUACAUCUUAGCUAUCUUAUCAAUGGAUGGUAAUUCUGACUCCGUUGAAGUUAUUGCUCGUGAAAGUGGCAAAGUGUUCCGAUGCCUGCAAGGAGAUGGCGGGUUGCUUUGUGGCUCCCUUUCUGGUGUUGCUGGGAUGGAAGCAGAUGCACUUUUGCUUGCAGAAGCUUCGAAGCAAAUCUUUGGUUUUCUGAGCAGAGGAAAUGAUGUUCUUACUAUCGAAGGAGAAGAGUAUGCUCAAUCCAGUGCUUCUGAGAUUCGCACUGCAAGUGAGCCUUGUCUUCCUGAUUGGGCUAAGGCUCUGGAACCUGUUAAGAAAUUGCCAACUAAUGUGGGCACUAGGAUUAGAAAGUGUGUGUAUGAUGCGUUGAGUAAACAUCCACCAGAAUGGGCACGGAAGAGAUUGGAACACUCAAUUAGCAAGGAAGUUUAUAAGGGCAAUGCAUCUGGACCUACAAAGAAAGCCGUCAUUUCUGUGCUAGCAGAUGCAUCUACCGAUAAAUUUCCACAGAAACCUGACGAUGGAAAGAAGAAAAAUUCUGUAGUAACUGUUUCUGACAUUCUUAUGAAACAAUGCCGCAUUGUGCUACGUCACGCUGCUGCGGCUGAUGAUUCCAAAGUUUUCUGCAAUUUGUUGGGAAGAAAACUUGUGAAUAGUUGCGACAAUGAUGAUGAGGGACUUCUUGGAUCUCCAGCAAUGGUGUCUAGACAGCUUGAUUUCAGGACUAUUGAUCUACGAUUGGCAGCUGGAGCCUAUGGAGGGUUCCAUGAAGCAUUUUUGGAUGAUGUUCAUGAGUUAUGGGAUAAUCUUCGCUCUGCUUUUGGGGAUCAGCCUGAUUUGGUUGAAUUAGCUGACAAAUUAUCUGAGAACUUUGAAUCAUUGUUUGCAGAGAAGGUUAUCCCUCUUGUUCAUCAACUUGGAGAGUACACAAGUUUGGAAUCUUUGAGUGCUGAGAAGAAGAAGGAACUAAGUGAUCUUGUUUCUUCAAUAAGUGUGCUUCCUAAAGCCCCUUGGGAUGAAGGAGUUUGCAAAGUCUGUGGUGUGGAUAAGGAUGAUGACAGUGUUUUACUCUGUGAUACAUGUGAUGGUGAGUAUCACACCUAUUGUUUGAACCCUCCACUCUCGAGAAUUCCCGAAGGAAACUGGUAUUGUCCUUCUUGUGUUGCUGGAAGGCGUAUCACUAUGGAUGGGUCAGAGCAAAGUCUCUUGUCUCGUAGACGCCGGGGCAGAAGGUACCAGGGAGAAGUUACCCGUGAUUACUUGGAGGCCCUCUCACAUUUAGCAUCUGUGAUGGAAGAAAAAGAGUAUUGGGAAUAUAGCAUAGACGAGAGAAUCUUCCUACUUAAAUUCCUAUGUGAUGAGUUGCUUAACUCAGCUAUUAUCCGUCAGCACCUUGAGCAGUGUGCUGAAACGUCUUUGGAACUCCAACAGAAAUUGCGUUCUUUAUCUCUGGAGUAUAAGGCUCUAAAGUCAAGGGAGGAGUUCUUGGUUAGAGCGAUAAAGACUGAUGCGGCUAUCAUCGACAGAGUUGCAGAGUUUAUGAAGGAAGGAUUUGCUCCAGCACCGGCAAAUGAUGGCAGUUUAAUAUUAGAAAAGCGAGGUGAGAGAUCUAACCACUUAAAUAUUGCCUCUGAGCCACAAGCCCAAAAUGGGUUCCAGAAGGAGUUAUCUUAUACUAGAUCUAAGAAGAACCAUGUUUGUGAUGAUCAAAGUAGCCCUCCUAGUGAAACCAAUGGUGAAUUUGAAGAUGCUGAGAAUGCUCAGGGCAGUACUAAGCUACAAGAGAAUCUUUCAUCGAGUCCUACUGAUGUAAAUAAUUCUAAAUCCUCUGAAAUGAAUGAGCUGCCUGCAUCAGAUCCUAAGCUACAAGACAAGGACUUGCAAAGAGAAGCCUUGCCUGAGGAAAGAAAUAUUGCUUCUGCUCAGCAUCCAGAUAAUCUAGAUGAGCCAAAUAUUUGGCAGGUUGAAUUAAAUUCUGUGAAGAACGAGAUUUCACGUUUGCAGAGUUUGAUGAGCAGUUUACAAUUACAGUUUCUUAAGCAAUCAAUACGAAGGGAGUUUCUGGGUUCUGAUUCUUUGGGUCGGAUGUAUUGGGCAGCUGCAAUUCCUGGGAACCGGCUAAGGUUUGUAGUUGAUGGAAGUUUGGCAACAAAGAUAAUAGGGAAAGCACCUGAUAUCUCGAGCCUGUGCGAUGGUUCAGUUCUGGAGGGUUCAAAAGCCCGCUGCCCCUAUUGGUAUGACUCGAAUGAUGUGGUGACAUAUCCACCCUUGAUUUCUUAUCAAAGUGAGGCCGAGAUCGAGGAACUCAUUGGGUGGUUGACAGACGAUGACCCAAAAGAAAGGGCUUUGAAGGAUGCCAUUCUUUACUGGCGAAAAUUUCGAUCACAGGAUCUUCAGGAUUGUAGAGAGCAUGCUUUGGAUGAGUCCCUAGCAGCUCUUCCAUUAGAUUUUGCUGUUUCUGAUCACCCAGCUACAAAGGCUGCUCUGUUGUUGGAAAGCAAAUAUGGUCCUUUUUUGGACUCAUUGACUCAUGACAUGUUGAAUAAGCAUGAGGAGAAGGGAUAUCUCAGUGCCGAAGAGAAAAUCUACAGGUGCAUAUGCUUGGAACCAGUUUUGCCUGCUAGAGUGCAUUGUCUCUUUUGCCACAAGACCUUCCUAACCUUGGAAGAUCUAGAAGCACAUAAGGAAGGUAGAUGCAGUUCAGCCUCAUCAGACCAUGAGAAGGGCAAGGAAAUUCUGGACUCUUCAAGAGAAAAGGGCAAGGGGGCAAUGCUUGAGAGAAAGACGUUCCCAGGGCUGAGCUCAAAGUUGAUUAUGUAUAAGAAUGAAUGUUCCAUGUGCCCAUAUGACAUUGAGGAGAUAAGUUCCCAGUUCAUAACAAAAGACUCCAACAGAGAAUUGGUGACACAAAUAGGUCUUAUCGGAUCCAAUGGAGUUCCAUCAUUUGUGCCAUCAAGGUCUCCUUAUCUCGAUGACUCUACUGCCAUGCUUAUUCCAAAGAGUGGCGCUGGUAUUCUGCCUAAGGAUCUCAUGGAUGUUGAUGGAGCACUCGCUUCUCUAGAAAAGAGAUAUGCACCUAAUGCAAGAAUGGUUGAUAGUUUCAGUGCUAGAACAGUGAGUGAGAAGAGUGCAUCCAAAAAUAGUAUCCGAGCAACAUCUCGGUGUCAUAAGGAAAAGGAAGGUGCGCCUUCUCGAGAUAUUCCUACUUGUCGCUGUGUAGUGCCAUCGUCUUCAUUGAGACCAUUAGUCGGUGAAGCCUCCAAUGUUUUGAAAAGAUUGAAGUUAAACUUACUUGACAUGGAAGCUGCACUCUGUGAAGAAGCUUUUAGACCAUCUAGGGCACAUAUGGAAAGGAGAUGGGCCUGGCGUUCUUUCGUCAAAUCUGCACAGACAAUAUUUGAGAUUAUUCAAGCAACGAUCGUUUUUGAGGACAUGAUCAAGACCCAGUAUCUAAGGAAUGAAUGGUGGUACUGGUCCUCAUUAUCUGCUGCUGUCAAAACUUCCACCAUCUCUUCCCUAGCGCUGCGUGUAUAUGCGCUUGACUCCUCCAUUAUCUACGAGAAGAACAUGUGCAGCUCGGAUUCACCUGAACAAUGCAAGCCAGAUAGUAUGCCGGAGCGGAAGCCAGAAUCAGCUUCAGAUACUGUAGAAAAAGCGAAGGCUUCAAGAAAAUCUAGCAGGAAGAGAAAGGAACUCGAGGGUUGAUGUAGCAAGCAUUAACAUUGUUAAACUCAGUCCUAGACUAAUUCCAUAGGGCUUGACCAACGAGGACUGCCUGCUGCAGAUAAUUCAUAGGGAGAAGAGGUGACUGAAAGAAAUCAAAAGUGUCCAUUCGACGUACUUGAUUGCAGGAGCAUGAUGAUUUUCCAGAAUGAAGAAGGUUUCGUGCUUGCUUGCUUCUUACUGCUGCUGCAGCGAUAGAUUCUGAUCAAUGUAGGUGUAUAUAGAGAUAGAGGUGACAUCUAACUUUCCCGGUGGACUAUGGAAAGAAUUGCAUACCUAUUCGUUGGAGCAUUUGAUGGGGACAGAAUGCACCCAUUUUCUUGCUGGACAGUGGGAGAAAUUCAAGCAUUUUCGUGUAGAAUUUACCUUAGAAGUUGCUGUAAAGAGGUGUAACUUUUCUUUUGGGGAAAUAAAACUGGCAUCCUGACGAUAUGGAAAGCUCAACAAAGGAAGGACGUGGAUGGAAGGCAAGCACACCGUGUUUGUGAUUUUGGGGCAGUGGGUGUGACGGGAAGAGAAGAGGAGUUCUCCAGUGUAUACCAUCUCCGAUAUGCAGGUCUAACAUUUAUUUUGUAAAGAGAAGGAAAACCAAGCAUUUAGGACAAUCUUGAAUCGGUUGUACUCGGGUUUCAUGAUGCUUUGUAUGGAUUUGAAACUUAAGUGCCCCAUCUUAUGACUCUGGAUUCUCAGGUUGUAGUUUGACAUAACCUGGCGCUAGCUUUGUAGGUGCAUCAGGUUGGUCUUGUUUGUACAUAUAUAAGCCAACGGUUUCUUCUGUGAAGUAAUAAGACUCCCCUUUCAGUCGGCUCCUUCGUUAA